AUGAAUUAACUUAUUAAAUAGUGCCUUGAAAGGGAAUAUUAAAGAUAAGGUCUUUCAGAUUAACCUCAUUCAAUCAGUGUUAAUGUUGUUGUGAACUUAGAAAAAGCUAAUUUAAAAUUAUCAAUGUCUAUUGAUCCUGAGAUUCCAUUUAAUAUAUUUUUAUAAGGAAUCAAAGAAUAAAUAUUUGCAUAACGGAUGUAAGCUUAUUAUGAAGAAGAAUUAGAAUGGUAAUUAUGUAAUGGAAGCAAUCUUCAACCAGACGAUGGAAGAACUCUUUAAUCAUUAGGUUUUACAAACAAUUGUACAUUAUAUGUCAGAUUGAAACUUAGAGGUGGACCAAAAAAAAUAUAUUAUUAAGUAUUAGUGGAUUUGCAAUUCAAGAAAAUUGAAUUAUUUAUAGAAUAAUAUCAAUUUAAUCCAGUUUCAUGUCUUUUUCAUGAUAUUUUGAUAGAAUUAUUCAAAAAUUAACAACUUAAAAUUGAUCGUCCAUUUGCUUUUUUUAUAAAUGAAACAGAAAUUAAUCCAUUUGAUAUUCGAUAAAUUUAAGAUUUUGAAACAUCCAAUGGUAUAAUAUUAAAAUUAAUCGUCCCAAAUAAAGAAGUAAAUAAAGAUUCAAUGGAAAAAUAUAAAUUUGCUUUUAAUUCUAAUAAAUUAAUAAAGCCUUGUUUGAGAAAUAUUAUAAAAAUAGAGCACAAUAAUUCUGUUAAAAUGUUCCCUUAAAACUAUAAAUUAAUCUAUCAGAUAAUUUAAGAUAUGAGUAUAGAUUAAAUAAUUAAAAAAAAUCAGUCUAAAAAUUAUUAUAUUAAUAAUGAAUAAUUUUAAGAAUCUCAACUCAAAAAUGUUUAUGCCAUUAAUAAUAUAAAAGUUAAUAUUUAAAAUACUAAUUAAACUAAGGGUAUUGUUGUAUUUAAUUUAAUUGGAGAUUUUUAUAAAAAAUUAGAAAUUGAGGGUUAUAUAAAUAGUAAUUAUUAUUUUAUUGAAGAAUUUAUGUCAAUGAAUACUUCAAUGACAGAAUUCUUAGAAUAUGUUAAGUUCAAAAUAUUUGGUCCAAAAUAAAUUGAUUAUAAACAAACUAUCAUUAAAUAAAACGAUUUUAAAGCUAGAGUAUCUUAUGAAGCGAUUGAAAAAUGA